AUGAUGUCUCAUCGAUAUUAUUAUUACGACUACAAAGCUGGUCAAGGACAUACAUAUCAAGCAUGUAGAAAUUAUUUUGAUAAACAAUUAAGAAUUUUACCAAGAAUUUUGAUUGAUGUUACUAAUAUAUCAUUAAAAACAACGAUUUUCGGAUGCACAUAUGAAUCACCAAUAAUCAUUGCUCCAACAGCAUUUCACUGUCUGGCACAUAUCGAUGGUGAAGUUGAAACUGCUCGUGGUGCAACAGCAGCUAAAUGUAUUUAUACUUAUAAUUGGGUAUAUUCAACAAUGCCAGAAGAAAAAGUUUUACAAGCAACCGGUCCAAAGUUUUUCCAUAUUUAUUUAACUGUAUCCAACGACAUUUUAGAAACAAUAGUUCCACAAGUUGAUAAAAAAGGAUAUCGAGCAAUUGUUGUUAUAUGUGAUGAUCCGACUACUCGUGCUCGUGAUAAUAUUUUACCAUUAUUCUUAUAG